AUGCUUUGGGGGAGAGAGUGUGCCGAAAGCGCGUCAGAUGUCUUACAAACCAGAGGAGGUUUGCCUGCGGUGGUCUGUAGCGUUUGCUCCGCAAGGGCUGGGAGGGUGGGUGAAGGAGUUUCGAGUUGCCGCAAAAGAGGACGAAGAUUUGUCAGGUUUGAACAAUAUGCAGCAGUACGAGAAUCAACGGGACUACGCUGUAAGCCGAGUGUUAGCCAUGGCUGGAUUAGUGCUGUGACUGGAAAGUUGCGUACUGACGGGUGA